AUGGAGAACGGAUCUCAUUCUACUUUCAAACUAAAUAUAAUCUCACAAUCAACAAAUCAAAACUGCCGAAGACCAUUGACUCUGUUUUCCUUCAUUACGGCCACAGCCAGAGAUGGAUCCCAAGUUACGGAAAAACGCCUGCAAGAUGUUUCCGAAGUAUUAAAAGACAAUUUGACAAAAGGGACUGCGUUGAAAUGCAAGGAGAAAAAUGUUGUAUAUCCCAUCAUUCAUUUUACCGAGGAUCGAAAUUCAUUGAUGUCGGUGCUACAAGAUCAGAACGAAGUAAACGAGCAUUUUAAAUUACAUCAAGGCGUUUAUCGAGAAAUCAAAAGUAUCGAGUGUGAGGAUGGAAACGGACCGUUCGUAACGACUUCAACUAGCAUCUCAUACAUAGUAUCCGGAUUCAAACUUCUCGACACCAGUCUAGUGGAGGUAAUGAUCGAAUCAUGGAAGGAUUGGACAGGCGCUAGGCACAUAUAUCUCCACAUUCCGUACGACCUGGGUCUCCAGAGGAUCUCGCUUUUAAAAAAAGUGGCUCCUAGUUCUUUGAACUCUUUUACCUACGUUGUACUCGCUGAGUGUCUGAAUGUGAACACAGAAGAAAAAAAGAUGUUACUGUUGGAUUUUGUACAACGGAUGAGAAUAGAAAAAUUUCUAUCCGGUUACCUAUCUGUUUACGAGCUUCAUAAAACUUAA